AUGAUGACCAUGACUACGAUGGCUGACGGGCUGGAAGCGCAGGACUCGUCCAAAUCUGCCUUCAUGGAGUUCGGGCAGCAGCAGCAGCAGCAGCCGCCGCCGCCGGCGCCCCAGCAGCCUCCUCAGCCGCCGCCGCCGCCGCCGCCGCCUCCACAGCAGCAGCAGCAGCAGAGCUCGCCGGCGGCGGCCAUGGCGGGCGCCCACUACCCGCUCCACUGCCUGCACUCGGCGGCGCCCGCCUCGCACUCCCACCCGCACCACCAGCACCCGCACCACCAUCACCACCACCACCACCACCACCACGCCGCACCCUACCCGGCCGGCCCCGCCGGCGCCAACUCCUACAGCCACCGCUCGCUCGCCGCCGCCGCGGCCGCUGCCGCCGCCUACCCCUACGUGAGCCACUCGCAGCACAGCCCGUACCUCCAGUCCUACCACGGGGGAGGCGCGGGCAGCCAAACGCGGCCGGACGACGCAGAUCAGCAAAAAACCACAGUUAUUGAAAACGGGGAGAUCAGAUUUAAUGGGAAAGGGAAGAAGAUUCGGAAGCCUCGAACCAUUUACUCGAGUCUCCAGCUGCAGGCUUUAAACCACCGCUUCCAGCAGACCCAAUACCUGGCGCUUCCCGAGAGAGCAGAGCUGGCAGCAUCAUUAGGACUAACUCAGACACAGGUGAAGAUCUGGUUCCAGAACAAGCGCUCCAAGUUUAAGAAAUUGCUCAAGCAAGGCAGCAACCCUCACGAGAGCGACCCCCUGCCGGGCUCUUCCACUCUGUCCCCGCGGUCUCCAGGUCUGCCUCCUGUCUGGGACGUUUCAGCCUCUGCCAAAGGAGUCAACAUGCCUCCCAAUAGCUACAUGCCUGGUUAUUCUCACUGGUACUCUUCUCCACAUCAAGACACAAUGCAGAGACCACAAAUGAUGUGAAUGGGCCAAGAGAAACAGCUAGUCGGAGAAGCCGCGUCUCCAGAACGGCCUUGCCAAGGGGGAGGAGGAGGAGAGCGGCUCGCGGGGCUCUGGGCGAAUCUGGAGCGUGUGGCAAGGAAGAGAGACUGGGGCGGCUUCGCCUUCUCCUUUCCUUUAACCUCAGCGAUUGAUCUUGAGCAGAAAGAGACCAUUUGCGUUGUGGCCCACGUCAGAUGCUCCUCUUUAGGAUAUUUCCAUUGGGACUCGGAGGCACCAAACCUCUCUGGGAGUACAAGUCAAAGCAAAAAACAAAACAAAAACAAAACAAAAAUUACAGACUUUUCCCACCAGUCCACGCAGCAACUUAAAAAACAAACACAACAACAAAAACAAAAGCAAAAAACCAACAAAACCCGUUUAAUGGAAAAGAAGCGAUGGAAACGAUCUUAUUUUUAUUCACUAAACCGAGAUUGACAGAAUAGAUUGGAAAGGGGGGCCGAGAAAGGGAUUUAUUAUUAUUAUUAUUAAUAUU